UGAAACGUCACAAUGUUUACCCGGAAAUGAGAGCUAGCCCCAACAACUGCUCAGAUUUUAUAAUUUACCUAUUUCUGACGGUUUUUAGUCUAGUGAAAAGAUAAAUUAUCGUAUAAUCUGACUACUGACACGGAAUGUACAGCGGACUCCUGCCCGAAGGUUUAACGGAAGACGACCUCAGUCCAGAUGACGAGGAGGAUGAGCAGGAGAAGUGUGAGACCUCAGCUGAAAAGUUGAGCUCUGCCGGGGAAAACACGGGCUCACUUGUGGAGGCACAGUCGGUUCACGCUGCCAGCGAUGCAGACAUUGAGUCCCCGUCAUACAGUAUGCCUGGUAUAUCCCAGGAAAUGUGGCAAAAAUUCCAGGAUCUACGGAAGAAAAGUGACGAAAUUAAGACAAUGAAGGUCCCCAGAAGAAGAAAAAGAAGACGACACAAGAAAGUUGGAAGUGGAACAGAAAGUGAGGAACCUACAGAGAAAAGCAGAGAGCGUCAGGAGGAGCGGGAGAAGCACUGGGAUGAGCUUAAGCAGUAUUUUGGUGUAAAUGAUCGAUUUCACCCCCCUGCAUGUUCCAAACCCCCUCCGAAGUCCGGCCUAGAAAAGAGCAUAGAGAGGGCCAUAGCUGAAGGGGACAUUGCAAAGGCGGAGGAAUUGAGCGACAGACUCGCCACUCGAGAGCUGGCUGUGAACAUUGCUCAAGCCGCUGAUUGCCGUGACUUUGUGCAACGCAAACAGGAAGAGGAAGCUUUGAGGGCAGCGCAGAAAAGGACGAAGGAAAUAGCCUGGGGGUUUGAGGCGAAAAAACGAUGGGAAACCAAAAGCAAUAUGGGCUUCAUGUGACAAACGCAGAGGAAAAGGAGAAAGACUCUGAUUUUAUUUAAAGUUAAUUUGAUAAAAGUAGUGUUUUUUAUGGCAGACUGAUCCUGUUUCUUUUCAUUCACUUUGUAUAUUUUGAAGACUUCACAACAGCAGAGUUUAAGGGGAGGAAGUCACACAGUUGGCUGUGAAAAAAACCAAUCCACAGAGUACAAGAGAGAGAAAAAAUUAUGGAGCAUUGACGUUAAUUCCUAAGGCGCCCACUGGUGUCUGCAUUGUGUUAUUUUUCAUUACAUUUCAGAGAUUUGAGCGUUCUGGCCUCCCCCCCCUCUUUCAAAUUAAAUCUGGUGUACAUUA